GCGUAAGAAUGAGGUUAUGUUCAAUCAUCCGUCUGUCAGUCAUACAUAAAUAUAAACAAAACGAAGAGCCUUUGAAAAGGGCUAUAUUCGGGUCGAUAUGACCACACAAACGAAUAAUUUUGUCUUGGAUAUUGAUAUAGAUCCCAAUGAUAUCUGUCGAAUAUGUUUAAAGACAUCCCAGGCAAUGACUGACCUAUACCACAUAACUAUACCAGAAAGUAGCGACUAUAUCAUAGAUUUCCUCAGGAGAAUCACCCAGCUAAAGCUAACAAAGUCUGAUAGUCUUCCUGAAAACGUAUGUUCUGUAUGUUUAAGUGCAACAUUUACUGCAUAUAGUUUAGUUCAUCAAUGUGUAACAUCAGAUAAUAUUUUGAGGAACUAUGAGACUCGGAGAAUGUUACGUAUAAUUGAAGAUGAGGCUUUAAAGGAUGAGGAUUCAGUUGUCAAAGAAGAGCAGUGUGAUUGUGUAAAAACAGAAGGUGAGGAUCUUUGUAGUGAUAAAGAUUCAGCCGAAGAAACUCUGGGUACUCCUAGCAAAACAAAAUAUCAAUGUGAAAAAUGUCUUAUGGCAUUUGGUAAUAAGAGAAAAUUCAUCAAACAUCAGACUGUUCAUCUAAAGAGGCCUUAUGAAUGUUUAGAAUGUAAUCAGACAUUUUCUAAGCAGCUACAUUUAGAUGUACAUUCGAGAUCUCACUCUAAAGAGAAAAAAUUUACUUGUGAUAAAUGCGGGCAACAGUUUAUUUUUGAGUAUCUUCUAAAGCAACAUGAGUACAAACAUUCUGAUAAAAAGCCUUUCCCUUGUACAAAAUGUAGUAAAGGCUGUCUAACAGCUGAAAGCCUUAAAAGGCACAUGAAAAUACAUGAGGAAGGGUAUCGGAAAAAAACCUAUACAUGUGACACAUGCAAAAAGUCUUUUCUAUAUCCCAGUUUUUUGCAAGAGCAUAUCAAAAGCCAUACAGGUGAGAAACCACAUUUGUGCUCAGUAUGUGGCAAAAGUUUUAGACAAAGUGGGGCCUUACAUUUUCAUCAGAGAAUACAUACAGGACAAAAACCAUUCGAAUGUAGUACUUGCAAGCAGACAUUUAUUUCUCAGAGUGUUUUGAAGAUUCAUAUGCGCAAACACACAAAUGAGAGACCUUAUGUAUGUAACACAUGCAGUGCAGGUUUUCGACAGGUGCAGGACUUGAAGAGACAUCUGAGUAUUCACACAGGAGAAAAACGCAUAUUGUGUCCAGUUUGUGGCAAGAAAAUGGCUACAUCUGGUCAGCUAACAAUACACCUACGUUCUCACACUGGUGAGAAGCCAUUUCAAUGCCCAGAGUGUGAAAAAAAGUUCGCAACUCGCCAUUUGUUAAGAAAACACAUGGGUGCCCAUGAACGAGGUUCUGUCAGACAAACCAAAGCCUCCAAAACAAAGAAAGCUAGAGGCGGCGAGAAGAAUACCAAAGAUAAUACUGGAGAAAUUACCAGAGAUAUCACCAAGGAUAUCCAAGAGAGCACCUUAGUAAUCAUUAGUAGUGAAAAUAUCAACACUGAGCAGAUCCUUAUAGAAAAUGAAGAAUUUCAAAGUAAUCAUUCGUCACUAAAGCAACCGAAAAUCACUGUCAUAUUACCAUCUUCAAAUUUGACGGCUCAAGGAACAUGAAAAAAAUACUAAAUUGUAAUUAAAUAAUAUAUUAAACUCAUAUAUUUACAAUAAAUACAAAAUAUCGGCCUUACUGGCAGUACAAAGUGUCUUUUCAAAACGUCUAUGUCACAUCACUAUUUACAAAACAAUCUGCAUAUAAAAACAAAUAUUUGUAGAUCUAUUUUAGUGGCUUGGUAAAGUUUGACUACAAUAAAAUUCAUCUUUACUACAUGACAUUGGUAGUACUGUACUAAAAAAUAAAACAAACAAUUGUGAAU